UUAGUGCGAGAAUUCUCGUGAAAAUCGAAGCGCCAUUUUGAAACCUUGAACAUAAUCAUCAUGGAAAUCACAGAUGCUAACUUGCAGACCCUGGGCAACUACCUGCUUCAGACUUUGUCUCCAGAUCCUGCUGUUAGGAGACCUGCUGAAAAGUUUCUGGAGUCUGUUGAGGGGAAUCAGAAUUACCCACUAUUACUGUUGAACUUACUGGAUAAGCCAGGGGUAGAAGCCAACAUCAGAGUCAGUGCAGCUAUCACCUUUAAAAAUUAUAUCAAAAGAAACUGGAGAGUGCUGGAUGAGGCUCAUGACAAAAUCCACCCUGAUGACAGAGCCACUAUCAAACGGCUUAUAGUGGGAGUGAUGUUGAACAGUCCAGAACAAAUACAAAAUCAACUAAGUGAUGCUAUAAGUAUCAUAGGAAGAGAGGACUUUCCUGACAAGUGGCCAGAUUUGCUGGUGGAGAUGGUGGGGAAAUUUCAGAGUGGAGAUUUUCACAUUAUUAAUGGAGUUUUGAGAACAGCCCAUUCAAUUUUUAAAAGAUAUCGUCAUGAAUUCAAGUCGCAGGAGCUUUGGACAGAAAUAAAAUUUGUAUUGGACAACUUUGCUGCACCUUUCACAGAACUUUUCAAGGCUACCAUGGAGCUGGCCACCAAGCAUGCUAGUGACCCCAAGGCCCUUAAGGUGAUCUUCAGCUCUCUGGUUCUCAUCUGCAAGAUUUUCUACAGCUUAAAUUUUCAGGACUUGCCUGAGUAUUUUGAGGACAACAUGGAAAUCUGGAUGAACAACUUUCUGACUCUCUUACAAGUAGAUAACAAGUUACUACAAACUCAGGAUGAAGAAGAAGCUGGAUUGCUGGAACAUGUCAAAUCUCAGAUCUGUGAUAAUGUGGCACUGUAUGCUCAGAAGUAUGAUGAAGAAUUCUGUAACCACUUACCUAAGUUUGUGGACACCAUAUGGCAUUUGCUGGUAACCACUGGACAAGAGGUUAAAUACGAUUUGCUGGUCAGUAAUGCUAUCCAGUUUUUGGCAUCUGUGGCUGAGCGACCAGGCUACAAAAGUUUAUUUCAAGCCACCGAGACACUCCAUAGCAUCUGUGAAAAGGUGAUUGUGCCAAACAUGCAGUUUAGAGCGGCUGAUGAAGAGACCUUUGAGGACAAUCCUGAAGAAUACAUAAGGAGAGACAUAGAGGGUUCAG